AAGAGGGAAUGCAUUGGCAAACAGAUUGGGGCAGUGAACAGGGAUAGAAAAGGAAAUACAUUACAUGGGAGGGAUAAACAGCAGAGCUCAGCUGGCAGCCUGAAGAUGGGCAAUAACCAGUGCCACUUAUAAGCACAAAGAGGUACAGGACACCCAGGAGGACUGGUACUGGAAAGUGCAUGUGUGGGAAUCUACCUGGAAACUUGAACUACUACCCCACUGUUAACUGCUGUAAGAAUCGCUUUUCCUUAGUUCGGAACAGCUGGGACAUCUGGUGGCUCUCCUAAGCCUCCAGGUGAAGUUCUGCCUUCGUUCUUUGGAUAUCAGCAGCACCCCACAGCUCUGAGGCAGUGACACCAGAUGAUCACUGAAGACUGGCACUCUAAUUAAUCUUCUGAAUUAUUUGGAAUCUAAAUAUGAAGCGGUGAAUGAAAGGUGUUGCCUGAAACAGAAAUGGCACUAUGAAAAAUCCUUCUACGCUUAUGACAAACUGGUAUCAUCAUACAAGCCCACAUUCUUUAAAGGAACCUUUUGUACAGGAAUAUUUAGGACAUAUCAUCCUGGAGCACUUUGUAUUACUGACUGGCUUUUAAAACCCAGAUUCUUCUGGGUCCCCUCCACUCAUUUUUGUUAUAAAUGACAUUACAUUUCUUUGUUAUAUUUGCUCCACUUACUUUCCUCCUGUGGCUACACAUCCACAACCAAAUGUACCAGUCUAAUGACACUUGCACUUAUAUCAACUGUACCGCUGACCAUUUUCCCAGUUGUCUCCAUCUGCGGUGAUUUUAUUUUCGCCACACACCAUUCUUCUCUAUGACACCACUAUUGGCACAAUGAAUACCUUACUUUGGACUAUUCUGUUGCCACUUCUCUUCUCCUUCUGUGUCUGCCAGCAACCCGAACACCAAGAUCUGGAAAUGUCUGUACAGUACUAUGAUGACAAUGUUAUUGACCUACUUGAAGCACUGAAUGUCACCCGAUCUGUGAAAGGAGUUACUAAAGCAAAAGGAAGUGAUCCUGCUUCUCCAGCCUGGAAGUUCCGUCAGCGAGUCCCUCACCUUACACUCCCUCGGGAUUAUUCUGUGUACCUACUGUCUACUACACAAGAAUCUUUGGGACUGCACUUUGUUGCCAAGCAGGCCAAGAAUAAUCGGGGAACAUUGGUGGCUUUCUUGUCACCAGCUGCAACGAAGAUUGAUGGACGACCCCUACUUCGCCUUAUUUCUGAUACACACACUGAUCAACUUUAUUUUGAGUACCGCACUACCCAAACAAUGGAGCCAGCUUCUCUCCACUUCCCAGGAAGCUCACCCUUCUCAGGUUCUCAGUGGGCCCGUGUUGCACUGAAUGUGAACACUCACAAAGUGACACUCUUUUUAGACUGUGAGGAGCCUGUAGUGUUUGGAAAAGAGGGAGCAGAAGAGAUGUUGAGUCUGAUUCUUCCAUUGGAUUUGGAAAUCACCUUUGCAAGCACUCCAUCAGACAAAGAGAGCAAGUUUCUGGGCUAUUGGCAAACGGCUGAGAUCUCCCCAACUGGAUUCACUCGUAGACCCUGGCAUUGUGAGAAUCGCUCAGACUCGCUCCCACUUCCAUACUCCCUCUCAGGGGAGCGUCAAAUGGAGGAUGAAGAGAUACAACGAGAACCAAGAGCCCCAGAUCUUUCAGAUACUGACCAUUACCAGCAACAGCAAAGUGAGGUCCCAGCUCAGCUUCUUGCUAAAGAUGAUCGACUGCAAAGGCUAGAAGAGGCUGUUAAAGGCCUGACCAAUAUGAUUGAUAUGAUCAAAUCCCAGAAUGCUGACCUUCAAGCCAGAGUAAUAGCCCUUGAGAGCUGUGAAUGUCGUCGCUCCACAUGUGUUUGGGAGGACAAAGAAUAUCAGGACAGUGAGACCUGGAAGAAGGAUGCAUGCAACAUUUGCGUAUGUGUUGGAGGUUCUGUUACAUGCUCUGUGCGCAAGGACUGGCCUCAGUGUCUUGGUUGCUUUCAUGAGGGGAGGAAUUACAAUAACAAAGAUAUAUUUUCUGUGGGUCCUUGCAUGUCAUGCAUUUGUCAGAGUGGGGAGGUGUCCUGCACACCAAAGUUGUGCCCACCUGUAACCUGUAGUGACCCAGUGACGUUGCCAAAUGAGUGCUGUCCUCUUUGUGCUACAGGCUGUUCAGAUGGGCACAAGGAGGGGGAUACUUGGAGAAAAGACACCUGCACUACAUGCACUUGUCAGAAUGGAACAGUCAGCUGUGAGAGGGAGCAGUGUCCUGAGCUUACAUGUUUGAAGAGACAUACUCCACCUGGACAGUGCUGUGCCAAAUGUCAGCAAGGUUGCGAGUAUGAAGGACUCAUCUACAGAAAUGGAGACUACUUCUUGUCACAAAGCAAUCCCUGUGUAAACUGCUCUUGCUUGAAUAACUUGGUGAGAUGCUUGCCUGUGCAGUGCCCUCUGCCUGCUUGCACUAAUCCAGUGCCCAUACCAGGCCAAUGUUGCCCUUCCUGUCCAGUUUGUGAGCUGGAUGGACAUCCCUUAAUACCAGGUCAGAAUGUCACCACCAAAGAUGGCUGUCGCCUCUGUAGCUGCCAGGAUGGCAAGGUACAAUGCACAGAAUCUGUACAAUGCCCCCACAUCUGCACUCACGGUGUAAGAAGUAAUUCUUGUUGCCUAGAUUGUUCAGCCUGUGAAAUGCAUGGGGACAUUAUUCCUAAUGGGCUAACGUUCCAGGGUAACAUGGACCCCUGUGAAAGUUGCACGUGCCAGGAUGGUAAUGUGCAUUGUGUCCGGGUCUCUUGUCCAGAGCUGAGUUGUGUUCUACAUGAGAAAAUACCAGGAGAAUGCUGUAGCCAAUGUCAGAGUUGUAUGGAUGGGACAGUAAAACGCAAACAUGGAGAAGAAUGGAAACCACAAGGAGAUCCAUGCCAAAGUUGCCGAUGUUUGGAAGGAAGAGUUCAGUGUAGAAAGCGCCACUGUGCUGCUUUGUGCCGCAAUCCAUUACCACCAAGACCUGGAACCUGCUGCCCAAUGUGUGAUGGCUGUUUAUAUAAUGGUCGCAGUUAUUUGAAUGGACAACCAGUGAGAAGUACGGAUCAGUGCAAUCGUUGCUUCUGUGAGAAUGGUAAUGUACAGUGUGAACCCAUUGCUUGCCCUCAGGCACCUUGCAGAAACCCUGUACGAAGGACUGGAGAGUGCUGUCCAAGGUGUGAGGGUUGUGAAUAUGAUUCCCGACAUUUUGCUGAAGGGGUCGUUUUUACCACGGCCCAUGAUCCCUGCCUGCAGUGCACUUGUUUGUCGGGAGAAGUAUCAUGUGAACACCUAGAUAGGAAAUGCCCCCCUUCACAGUGCAGUCACCCAGGCAAAGCUGCAGGACAGUGCUGCCCAAGUUGUGAUGUCUGUGACUUUGAGGGGAUCUUGUAUACCGACCGACAGACAUUCCAACCUCCAGGACAUGGUCCGUGCCUUAAAUGUUUCUGCACGAUAGGAAAUGUGCGUUGUGUGGAGGAGACCUGCCCCCCAGCACCCUGUCCAAACCCUGUAAGGGAUCCAGAACAGUGUUGCCCUGUAUGUAAAGUCUGCGUGCAGGAUGGGGUGGAAUUUUUGGAAGGAAUUGAGUGGGAACUUGAUGGCAAUCCUUGCAGCAGCUGCACUUGCCGAAAUGGUGACACUGUCUGUGGAGUCAGUGAGUGCCCUCCAGUGUCCUGUUUACACCCCACCAGGAGAGAAGGAGAAUGUUGUCCAGUAUGUGACUCUUGCAGUUAUAACCAGAGACUGUACAGCAAUGAGCAGAUAUUCACAGACCCAGACAACCCAUGCCAGGACUGCCAGUGCAAGGAUGGUACUGUUCAGUGUUCUUCCAUUGUUUGUCCACCUGUGCUGUGCACUAUACCAGAAAGGACCCCAGGCCAGUGUUGUGCCAAAUGCCCAGACUGCAGGUACCAGGACCAGAUUUUCCUAGAAGGAGAGCAAUUUUCCAAUCCACUUAAUCAGUGCCAGGAAUGUUGGUGCCGAGAUGGACAUGUGACCUGCACAGAUAGGGGGUGCACGGGUGCCCUUUGUUCAUACCCACUACCAGGCACAUGCUGCCAAAAUAACUGCAAUGGCUGUAACUAUGCUGGAAAGGAGUAUCCUAAUGGGGCAGAUUUCCCUCACCCCACAGACAAGUGCAGGCAGUGUCACUGCAUUAAUGGCAAUGUACAGUGUCUGGCACAGAGAUGCCCCCCUUUGCUGUGUGCUGAACCAUUUCCCGUGCCUGGAGAAUGCUGCCCACAAUGCCCAGUGCCACCAGCUGAUUGCCCUUAUUCUGGGGUAACAUACAGACACAUGCAGCGAUUUUAUGACCCAUCAGACAAAUGCCGUGACUGUAUCUGUAAUAAUGGAACAGUAACCUGUCAACGAAAGCCAUGUGCCCCAACACCAUGUUUGCAUCCUUUGCAAGGAGACUGCUGCCGCUCUUGCGAUGGAUGUCUCAUGUCUGGAAAGGAAUUGGCUAAUGGUGAACAGUUCCCACAACCUUCAGACCCUUGCUCAGUGUGUGUUUGCUGGGAAGGCAGUGUAACAUGCCAACCUAAAACCUGUCCUGUUCUCAACUGCCCUUUCCCAGCCCCUGGGCAAUGUUGCAAAGAGUGUCAAGACUGUCAAUACUUUGGUGAGGUGUACUUGAACGGGCAGGAGUUUUCGGCCCCUGAGGAUUCAUGUAGCCGGUGUGUAUGUGCUGAUGGAUUUGUCACCUGCAGUAAGAAACCAUGUUAUAAAGCUGGCUGCACACACCCUAGCACUCCACCUGGAAAAUGCUGCCCUGUCUGUGAUGGAUGUUCAUAUAAUGGAGAUGCAUUGAUAAAUAGCCAAAGUGUUCCUGACCCUUCCAACCCACUUUGUUCAGAGUGUACAUGCAGGGCAGGGUCUGUACAAUGUGUGCGUAAACUCUGUGGACCCACUUCCUGCCCACACCCUGUCACAGGACCUUGUGAUUGUCCCAUAUGCCAGGGUUGUCAUUUUCAAGGUCAUAACUACAUAGAUGGUGAGGUGUUCACAUCAGCACAGAGCCAGUGUGAGCAAUGUCGUUGUAUGAGGGGUCAUGUGACCUGUGGUCCUCGCCCCUGUGAUCAGGUGACCUGCCCACAUCCUGCUGAAGAUCCUUGCAUGUGUCCAGUGUGUGAUGGGUGCAACUACAGUGGAAGAGACUGUACCAAUGGAGAAAGCUUCCCAGAUCCUGAGGAUGAAUGUAGUCAUUGUACUUGCAGAAAUGGAGAGGUGGCUUGUAUUUCUGUGCCGUGUCCUCGCGUAUCCUGCAUGUACCCCAUUACACCCCGAGGGGAAUGCUGCCCUCGUUGCACUGGCAUCUGUAAGCACAAUGGACGUGUCUAUCAGAGUGGAGACACUUUCCACCCUCCAGGGGAUCUUUGUACCAAGUGUUCAUGCCAGAAUGAAAUGGUGAAUUGUCAACGGGUUCGCUGUUCCCAAGAAUGCAGUCAUCCUGUACUUUCCCCUGCGUCAUCCUGCUGUCCUGUCUGUGAUCGAUGUUUCUAUGAGAACCGAGAAUAUGCCAACCACGAGACUUUCACUUCAACAUCUGACCCAUGCCAACGAUGUGUGUGUCUGGAUGGUAGUGUCACUUGUACCCAUGUGGUGUGCCCUUAUGUUUCUUGUGCAAACCCAAUAACCAAGCCAGGACAAUGCUGCAGGGAAUGCCCAGUAUGCCGAUACCAAGGGAAGGAGUUUAGUGAGGGUGCACACUGGGUGCCCCAUACAGAUCCAUGCCUGAAAUGUACAUGCUCUAAUGGUCAUGUGGAUUGUGAGCCUCCUCAGUGCCCCCCUCUUCCAUGCACCCAGCAAGUGACAGACCCUGGAACAUGUUGUCCUCGUUGCAGGGGGUGUGUGUAUAAUGGCCGGGAGUACAGGGACAACAGUAAUUGGCUGUCCAGCUCAGAUCACUGUAUGUCUUGCAUGUGUGUGGAUGGAGUGACCACAUGCUCAAAGCUGCAGUGUAUCACUUCCUGCACCAAUCAGAUCACAAUUCCAGGGGAGUGCUGUCCAGUGUGUGCAGAUUGUAUUUCCAAUAGCAAGGUAUAUCUUCCUGGAGAUAGUUACAAUCCAUCUAAGGACCCAUGUGAGAUUUGUACCUGUGAGAGUUUACCAAAUGGUCAGCAAUACAGACACUGCACCAAAAAACAGUGCCCUAGCCUCUUGGAUUGUCCCAGAAGUUAUAUUUUGCCUCCUGCUGAAGGCCAGUGUUGUUCCAGCUGUGCCCAGGCUCUCAGUAACUGUACAAACACAUUGGUGGGCAAUGAGAUCCAGGCUACUGAUGACCCUUGCUAUACAUGUCAUUGCAAGGAUCUAACAUGGGUGUGUGUCCAUCAGCCCUGUCCAGCCCUGAGUUGUCCCCGUUCAGAGCAGUUUACCCACUCUGGAUCCUGCUGCCCAGUGUGUAAUGAAUGUGUUGUGGAAAUUGAGGGUCGACGUGUUCCUGAUGGAGAAACCUGGACAGACAGACAGGAUCCCUGUGUGACCUGCACAUGCACUUUGGGACAUGUGGAAUGUCAGAUAGAAGAGUGCCAACCUGUUCAGUGCCAAGAAGGAGAAAGGAAAGUCAAAAGACCAGGAACAUGCUGCCAUGAAUGCCAAGCCUCUGCAGUCUCCUGCUGGUAUCAAGGCCAGAGGUUCCUGUCUAAUGAACACUGGCAGGUGGAUGAGUGUACAGCCUGCACUUGUGUAUCUGGAGAAGUGCACUGUCACAGUGAAAGGUGUCCCCAAGUGUCUUGUACUGCGGAGGAAACCCCUGCUCUGAUACCUGGAAUGUGCUGCCCGCAUUGUAUCCCUCGCCCUGCCACUUGUAUUGCUUUUGGUGACCCGCAUUAUAGGACAUUCGAUGGAAAGAUGUACCAUUUCCAAGGCAGUUGUACUUAUGUGUUGAGUGAAGACUGUGAAGGAGGAGAUUUCAGUAUUCAUGUCACAAAUGACGACCGUGGUCUGCGGGGUGUGUCUUGGACUAAGGAAGUGACGGUUCUGAUUGGUGAUGCCGUGGUGCAGCUGCUACAGGACUGGGUAGUCAUGGUAGACUACCAGACUGUGGAACUGCCAUUCUUGAAGGAGCCGUACAUUUACAUAGAGCGAAAGACUAACACCAUUCUCCUGAACAGCAACAUUGGUGUAAAGGUGCAGUGGAACGGCCGAUCUCAUCUAGAGGUCAGUGUCCCUGGUACAUACCGUGAUCAUUUGUGUGGUCUUUGUGGAAAUUUUAACAACUACCCUCAGGACGACUUGCGUGACCGCAGAGGACAGAUCCUGAUGUCAGAGGCUGCAUUUGGCAACAGCUGGAGGGUACAAAGCAGUAAUGACUCUAGUAGCAGUUGCUGGGAUGGGCAAGAUGUGGAUCCCUGUAAACAAGCCGGUUACCGUGCCAGAAAGGAAGCCAAUGGACGUUGCAAGCUGCUUAAGUCUAGUGUGUUUGAGCCAUGCCAUCGAGUGGUCCCACCUGAAAUGUUUUUUGCAUCUUGUGUUUACGACCUGUGUGCUUGUGGUGCCGGCGACGAGUGUCUUUGUGACGUGCUGGAGGCCUAUGCAUCUGAGUGCAGAGAGGCUGGUGUCAUCUUACAGUGGCGAUCUCCUGCUCUUUGUGCUGUUGGCUGUCCACAUGACAGAGGUUACGUGUUUGAUGAAUGUGGCCCCCCUUGUCCAAAAACCUGUUUUAACAAGGAUGUUCCAUUGGGGGUGCUGGAGUCCCACUGCUUUAAACCAUGUGUACCUGGUUGCCAGUGUCCUGCUGGCCUUGUGGAACAUGAAUCCCAUUGCAUACCUCCAGAAUCAUGCCCCAAGAUCAUCCAUGGGAACUUAUGAGCUCCAGUGUAAGGACAAAAUCCCUGAGGAAGCCAGUCAGAUAACAAAAGUGUGAAACACUGUCGGAGAUACAUACACAAAUAUGGAACUCAAUUGCUUCAUCACAAAAGAAUGUAAAACCCUUCACUUUCUUGCCUUCUAAAUUUUAAAAGGGAUUUCUGUCUAUAACGGAACUCUUGAUUCUGCAAGCUGAUGUUCUGCUGAGAAGCUGGUUUACCAACAUGUAUCUCACUUUUCCUAGACGGAGGCUACACAAAUAAGAAUUGGGCAUAUACAUUGUGUCAGAACCCAGAGCCAUUGUAUUCCUUGGAAAAGACCUUUGCAUAUAUGAUUGCAUCAAUAUUUAGGAGCCCUUUAAGUAGAAGUAGAAACUAUAAAAAAAAAAAAAGAUUUUCUAAAAAUAUGCACUAUAAAUGACUUAUUAAAUGACUUUAAAAUUGGA